AUGGGCCCGCAGGGCUAUUGCUCUCUUGAUCUGGAUUCUCACGAUAUUGUCAUUCAACGGGAGUUCAGCCGAUCGGAAGCUUCGACUGUACUCGAAGUACGAAUAUGCGGGAAGACCACGCAUUAUGAAGCUGGUCAUGGUUUUGUUCCGUUCUUCCACGGCUUCAUUGAUCGCUUCGAUCCGUCCAAUUUCAACCAACAGCUGAAUUGUUUCAAGAAGGAUAAAUUCAUACCGAGGGCGUUUCUAAAUUGCGUGAAUUAUUUUGAUGACCUGUUUCGCUAUGCGGUUGAUGGGAUCAAACAGAUCCACAAAGCACUCAUCCAUCACCACGACAUCUAUCCAAAGAAUAUGCUUGCUGUGUCCGGCAGUAGAAUCGUAUGGAUUGAUUUUGGUGUUGCCAUGAAGUUUCAAGAUAUGAACAUUCGUGAGAAAGCAUACUGCGAGUAUGAAGUCGAGCUUGUCAAGUAUACUAACUGCCACAAUGUCCAGAAAAAUGAUACGUUACAGGGCCUGCCCCCCGUCACGCGUUAUUAUUGA